AUGGUCGAGAGUGCUGCCAAGCAAGCCGGAGAGGCAGCCGGACGCCCCAAGUACAGCGAGAUGGUCGCCGCCGCCAUCAGAGCCUUGAAGGAGCGGAGUGGUUCCUCCCGUCAGGCGAUCCUCAAGUACGUCCUGAGCUUCUACGGGGUCGAGGACGAGAAGAAAGCAGGCGUUCAUGUCCGGCUGGCGCUGAAGAAGGGCGUUGCCGGCGGGUCUCUGGUCCAGGUGAAGGGGACGGGGGCCUCUGGCUCUUUCAAGCUGGCCAAGGUGGAAAGCAAGGCGGAGGGAAGGAAACCCGCUGCGAAGAAACCGGUCGCGAAGAAGACCACUGUCAAGAAACCAGCCGCCAAAAAGACUUCAGCGAAGGAAACAUCCGCCAAAAAGACUUCAGCGAAGAAAAUAUCCGCCAAAAAGACCACAGCCAAAAAAGACGUGACGAAGAAGCCCAGCGCGAAGAAGGAAUCACAGAAGAAAACCACAAAGGAAAAGGUUUCGACAAAGAAAGCCACAGCCAAGAAACCGCCGACGAAGAAAACCGCGCUCAAGCAGCCAGCCACCAAGAAAAUGACCAAGAAGUCUGCAGCUAAGAAAACGGAAAAGAAAUCCACAAACAAGAAGUACAGAGAGAUGGUCGCCGCCGUCCUCAAGGGCCUCAAGAAGCGCAACGGCUCCUCCCGGCAAGCCAUCCUCAGGUUUAUCCGCGCUUCUUUCCAGGUCGGAGACGAGAGGGCCGCCGGCGUGCACCUGAAGCAGACGCUGAGGAGGGGUGUCUGCAGCAGACUAAGGGCGCCGGCGCCUCCGGCUCCUUCAGGCUCUUCAAGGAGCUGA